AUGGUCACCAAAAGGCAGAAAUUAGCCCGACGGAAAUUCAAACAAGAGAACCCAGCUCUGUUCCCAAAGCCAGAACCGACGCCGCCGAAGGACCCCAACAAGCCGAAGAAAAAGAAGAGCUUGUUCAAGCGCAAGAAGAACACUGAACCCAAAGAUCCCAGCAAGAGAACCAAAUUCACGAAACGGCCCCUUAGAGUCCCUGGAAUGAAGCCCGGGGAUACUUGUUACAUAUGCAAGGCUGUGGACCAUAUUGCCAAACUUUGCCCCCAGAAAGCUGAAUGGGAAAGGAACAAGAUAUGUUUGCUCUGCAGGCAGCGGGGGCAUAGCCUCCAGCGUUGUCCCAAUAAGGAAGAUGAGACGGUGGCUGCUAAGCUGUGUUAUAAUUGCGGGGAGUCUGGACAUUCCUUGGCUAACUGCCUCCAGCCUCGUCAAGAUGGGGGAACCAAGUUUGCCAAUUGUUUUAUCUGCAAUGAACAAGGCCAUUUGAGCAAGGACUGCCCCAAAAAUGCUCAUGGGAUAUACCCCAAGGGUGGUUGCUGUAAAAUAUGCAGCGGGGUGACACAUUUGGCUAGAGAUUGCCCUGAUAAGGAUAAAAUGUUUACUCCUUCCAGUGAUAGACAAGCCUUCCGGAAUGUCGAAAGACCAACAGGGAAGUUGACCAAGUUUAUAAGUGGGGAUGAGCUUGAUGACGAUUUUAUGCAAGAUAGUAACACAUACAGCAGCGAGCAAACUGGGAAGGCAUCUGAUCUGAACGAAGAAGCUACAAAAUCCAAGAAGAAAAAUGGUCCCAAAGUAGUGAACUUUGAAGGGUAG